CAUAUCUUCCACCCAAACUCAAAACCAGGGGAGUAGCAACAAUGGCGUCUGCUUCAACGUUUAGCCUCUCUUCUCUACGUGCUGCUCUCCCCUCCCCUCCUUCUAUUUGCUUUCCCAACGGCUUCUCUCCUUCAAACCUCAAAAUUGCUCGCCCUAAGUCUGGCCCAAGGCAGCUCAACUCCUUUGUAGGUCUCGCUCCGUUGCUGCCCAUCUUCUCUUCUCCAGAUUCAUUUAGCUUUGAGCAUUGCUUCCCCACGGUAGACAAUGGUAGCCGUUUCUUUGCCAUGAGACACGGGAGGAAGGUGCCCAAGCUCAAUCGGCCUCCCGACCAGCGCAAGGCUCUUCUACGAGGCUUGACUACCCAGCUUCUCAAGUAUGGUCACAUAAAGACCACCCGAGCCAGGGCUAGUACAGUGAGGAAGUAUGUCGAUAAGAUGGUCACACUGGCUAAGGAUGGGACCCUACACAAGAGACGACAAGCCCUUGGCUUCAUCUACGAAAAGCAAAUUGUCCAUGCCUUAUUUGCUGAGGUUGGGGAGAGGUACGGGGACAGAGAAGGAGGGUACACUAGGAUAAUGAGGACAUUACCGAGGCGUGGGGAUAAUGCUCCUAUGGCUUACAUCGAACUGGUCUAGGUUGUGAUCGAUAUCAGUAAGACCGAGAGCUAUUCUUUCAUCUAUCCUUGAUUCGAAUCAAAUGUGAUGCGUUUAAUUAACCGAAUCCUAAUGCAUGACUAAAAAUGAUCAUCCAUACGUGGAGGUGAUUUUUAGAUAGGAUAUAAUUAGGUCAUUUUUAGAUCGAUUUAAUUCAUAACACUGAAGCCAUUUUUA